AUGCUGCUGAUGAUUGAAAAUCUUCUUCUCAUUUUAGCUGCUGCAGUACAGGAUCACAGAAUUGCUGCUGUUGAAGGACAUAAAUAUUCAUUAGAUAUGGCACUGAAUUCUGUUGAUGACCAAUAUUACGACUGUACACCGACAAUGGGACGUCUGGUGGAGGAAGAAUAUCUAGAGAAGGAAAUCAAUAACUCUCCUGAUUUUAAAAAAGCUUGGGAAGAAGGUAAAGAAAAAUACAAGACACCAGAAAAUACCUUGACAUUAAAUAAUUUAAUAGCCAUUCAUGUGUACACUAACAUUGAUCUACAAGUAUAUAAAAAAUUAAAUAAUGAUGUUCGCAAGGGUAAGGAUGAUUACAAACAGAAAAAAUACAAUUGGUAUUCACUUCACUUUUUGCUAACAAAUGCAAUACAGAAGCUGAAAAACAAACACAAGACUUUUCGUGGUACCAAUAUGGAUUUUGAUAUGGUUGAUAAAAAAACAGAGGUUCGUUUCGGCUCAUUUACAUCCUCCUCUCUUGAUCGUGAAGUAGCACAAGGUUUUGGAAAUAAAUCUUGUUUUGAAAUCGAAACUGCUGAAGGGGCUGAUGUUACAAAAUAUUCUAAGCAUCCAGAACAGAAAGAGGUGCUGAUUCCUCCAUAUGAGAAAUUUAUAGUCACUGAUGUCAAGACAAGAAAAGAUACGGAAGGUCUCUGGUGUGAAACUGUAUUCUUUUUGGAAAGCUCUGGAAGUAGAAGUGACCUGAACUGUGUACUGAUACAAGACAGGGCCAAACUUUAAAUCUUCAUACUUUUUUUUUUUUCUUAAUUCAAAAUGAAAGUUGCUUCCAUUAUAAUUAUAACAUGUAAUGGCUUGAGUAAUUUUGAAUUCUAAUCAAUCUUUAUAUGUUUUAAGUAAAUCAUUUUUAGCUACUGUAAUUGUUUGUAAUCACCUUUUUUUGCUUUUGGAAGACAACACUUUUGGGCAGAAAUUAGUCAUUUUCUGUUUUCACCAAAAUGUAAUUAUUUUCUUUUCUUUUUUUUUUUGGAUUUAUUUUCACAUGUAACUCUCUAAACUUGUGUCAUGGCAACUGAAUUAUUAAAAGCAUGUAUUGUAAUCACAUCAAUAAGCUCUAUGGAUUCUAUGGGGUUCAAAGACUGUAAAGAUUCAAUCACACCUGCAACAGUGAAGCACAUAUAAAUAAAUCCAUCUGGACUUCAAUCCAUUAAAAAAAUCA